AUGAAUAUAGCCAGUCGGCAGUCGAUGGUCGUGGUCUCCAUUAGUUACCAUCUGGGUGCUUUGGGAUGGCUCACAAAUCCAUCGAGAGAGAACUCUACGGGGACGAAUCAAGCCAUGAGGGAUCAAAUUAUGGCUUUGCAGUGGGUACAAGAUCAUAUUUCUGCUUAUGGAGGUGAUCCCAACCAAGUUACCAUUCUUGGUCACCCUGCUGAUGGAAGCUCUGCAAUGUCGCAUAUUCAGAGCCCUGCACCAAAGGGUCUGUUUAAACACGUUUGGGUUGAAUCAGGCAACACACUUUCCGGAUGGCAAACACCAUCUAUGAUGAAAACCCUUUCAGAAAUACUUUUGGACAUUUCCGGGUGUCUUGGCUAUGGCUGCGUAAAGCACAAUCUCACAUCGGCGCAGAUGAUAAAAUAUCAAGAUCGACUUUCCAUGCGCGCUUAA